UAUGCCCCGCGCUCCAGCCUCGCAUUCUCAACGGACAGAAAGUAACUGACGACUGCCCUUACUCUGGCAUUUCCAACAUUACAUUCGAAAAGGGCACCAUCUCUUGCGGCAACGCCGUCUUCACCAUCGCCACGGUCAACGGCAACACGAAGCCGACCUUCCUCACGACUGGUGCUCUCAAAGACAUCAUUGAAGGUGGCAGGGAUGCUAACAUUGUAUUUGAAAUUCAGAUCGGCAAUCAGAAAUAUCCGAUCUUGCCAGGACUCUUCACACUCUACAAUGGCCCUGAUGGAACCGCCUUUAUCGACUUGGAUCCAGCCUACUCCAGACUCUUGGACAGCCUUGGGGGUUGUCAGAAGGAAGCCUGUGCAUAUAACAAUGCUACUAUGUAUGGUCUUAUAGACUUCAAUACCUGCAAGAUCCUCAGCUAUGGAACCUCUGACGCCGAGUUAACAUCACAAGACGGACUCUAUGAAGCAAACGUGAUUCCUAACGAGGGCGGAUGUACAAAUAUACCAGAUGAAUCGGGCUCUGCAAAUUCCAAGUGCUACAAGGCUGUUAGCGGCAGGAAUUUGAUGUGCACUGCUGACCUCGGCGCCCCUGUCUACUGUUACGCGCUAAAAAGCAAGGAGUGGAUCCUACAAGGUGUCGCUGCCUUUCAGUCCGGCUGCGAUGAGAGCUCUGAGUUCAGGGUAUUACCGUAUCCUGGUUAA